UGGGAAAUUGGGGGAAAAAUCAGUACCAAGUCGAGAGCGGAACGAAGCACAUCGUGACGAGAACAAAAAAACCAAAAACAAAACCAAAAAAUUAUUUUUCUGAAAAUAAAAUGGCCAACGCUAUCAAGAAGGUCAUUCCCAUGCUGGACCGCAUACUGAUCCAGCGCUUUGAGGUGAAGACUACCACUGCUGGUGGCAUCCUGCUGCCGGAGGAGUCGGUGCCCAAGGAGAUGCAGGGCUUGGUGGUGGCCGUUGGACCCGGAGCCCGUAACCCUGCCGGAGCUGGACACCUGUCCGUCGCCGUCAAGGAAGGCGAUCGUGUCCUGUUGCCCAAGUACGGGGGCACCAAGGUUGACAUGGACGACAAAAGGGAGUACGUGCUCUUCCGCGAGAGCGACAUCCUGGCCAAGCUGGAGUAAGGGAUGGAGCGGCGAUCCCUACACAACCACACAUACACAUACAUAGACAUGUACGUACACACACACACACUGUUCGCAUACUUGCACACACAUACCGGCGCAGCGAAAAAACUCAUUUCAAUUUUUCUACUGCUCUACUUGCGUUCGAUUUUAAAUGAUUAUCAUGUGUUGAAUGCUUAUUUAGUAUCUUGGACACACAUUUUGGACACACAACUGUACUCGAACCACACAUGCAUAUGUAGUGCAUCCCACUGCACUAAAUGGGAUGAAUGCGUUGACCGCACUUGGCCGCCACAUACCAUUUUAUGUUUAUGUUAUAAAGCUUUGAAAUAAAUAAUAAAAUAC